GCGGUGUCUGGGUGAGGAGAGCGGGAGUGCCGCCGGGACCGGCUAAGACGCCGCCGUGGCUGGAGUGGCACCGGCGCAGCAGCCGUGGGACAUCAUGGCAGCCCAUCAAGAGAAAAAAUCUGAAGAAAGAAAACGCAAAAGCACCCAAAAUGAUACUCGAACACCUCAAGCCCAGUGGGGAAGAGCAUGGGAGGUAGAUUGGUUUUCCUUGGCCAGCAUCCUUUUCCUGCUCAUGUUUGCACCACUUAUUGUGUAUUACUUCAUCAUGUCCUGCGACCAGUACCAGUGUUCUCUGACUGAUCCAGUCAUCGACUUGCUCAUGGGCAAUAAACAUCUGUCUGACAUCUGGAACAAGACUCCUCCACUGACCUAUAGGGCUGCUGGCAUCUAUACCCUUUGGGUCACCUUCCAGGUGGUUUUGUACGUGUUCAUUCCUGACUUCUGCCAUAAGUUUCUUCCUGGAUAUGUAGGAGGUGUACAAGAAGGUGCUGUCACCCCCGCUGGUGUAGUGAAUAAGUAUGAAAUCAAUGGCCUUCAGGCCUGGAUCAUUACCCACUUGCUUUGGUUUGCUAAUGCUUAUUACUUCCACUGGUUCUCACCCACCAUCAUUUUUGACAACUGGAUUCCUCUCCUGUGGUGUGCCAAUAUCCUGGGAUAUGUAGUUUCCACGUUUGCAAUGAUCAAAGGCUACCUCUUCCCUACCAAUGCCAAGGACUGCAAGUUCACUGGCAAUUUCUUCUAUGACUACAUGAUGGGGAUUGAAUUUAACCCGCGAAUAGGGAAGUGGUUUGACUUCAAGCUGUUCUUCAAUGGACGCCCUGGCAUUGUGGCCUGGACUCUGAUUAACCUCUCUUAUGCUGCCAAACAACAGGAACUGUAUGGUCAAGUAACCAACUCCAUGGUCCUUGUCAAUGUCCUUCAGGGGAUUUAUGUUCUGGACUUCUUCUGGAAUGAAGCCUGGUAUUUGAAAACCAUUGACAUUUGCCAUGAUCACUUUGGAUGGUACUUGGGCUGGGGAGACUGUGUUUGGUUGCCUUAUCUCUAUACUUUGCAGGGCCUGUAUCUGGUUUACCACCCUGUGCAGCUGUGCACAGCUAAUGCCAUGGGCAUCUUGAUACUGGGCUUGAUUGGCUACUACAUCUUCAGAGCGACAAACCACCAGAAGGACCUCUUCCGUCGUACGAAUGGCAACUGCAAGAUCUGGGGGAAGAAGCCUGAGUACAUUGAGUGCUCCUACAUGUCUGUGGAUGGCACCAAGUUCUACAGCAAGCUGAUGACCUCGGGCUUCUGGGGCUGGGCACGCCACUUCAACUACACGGGAGAUUUGAUGGGCUCCCUGGCCUACUGCCUGGCUUGUGGGUUUGAACACAUCCUGCCUUACUUCUACGUCAUUUACAUGACAAUCCUGCUGACCCACCGCUGCCUUAGGGAUGAGCACCGUUGUCUCAGCAAAUACGGGAAGGACUGGAAGCGCUACACCGCCGCCGUGCCUUACCGCCUCCUGCCGGGCCUCUUCUAAGGCUAAAACAGAGCCCAGGGGCAAGAAAAAGAAACUUCUUUUUUUUUUUUUUUUUUGGAAGUGAAGUGAGUUCAACCACAAGUUAAGCUAACAAAAACUUUGUGAAGGAUACCCAUCAUAUUCUGAAGGAGAAAAGGUAAUCCUUGCUGUGCUGAAGGAGCAUGCAGGCAGACUGCAUGCAAACAAAUGAUGUGAGGCACUGAAAUAUCCUGUAUUUUUAGCAGACUCUGUUACCUGGAUUGUUUUUUUUUCCCUUCCUUUCUCAGAAUUAGUGUGAAAUAAAAGUGAAGUUGCAUGCUUUGAGAUUCUGAAAUCUCCAAGAGCUGGGAGAAGCCUUACUCUUCAAAGGAGCAGGGUCUUGCAACUAGUUUACAGUGAUUUAGGAGAGGAAGAAAAGAGUUGUGAGAUCUGUUGAUAAAAGAAGUUGUAAGGUGUGGUUGCUUGUGACAGUUAUAACUUAGAUUCAGUGACUCCUCAAAGGAGGUUUUGUUGUUUGUUGCUUUUCAAGAAGUUAACUGUGGAAGUACUGAGCUGUGGAACCUGACCCUAACUGGUGUCUGGAAAGACUUUUCUAAUCUAAUGCAAGUGUCUGUGAAAGCUGGGAUAAAUUGAUAAGUCUCAGCUCUAAACUGAGAAAAUAGUACUUGACCAACUGGGUAUUAUUUUGAUACUGAAACCAAGCUUGCUUUGUGAAGAUGCUGGGAAUACGUUUAUUUCUUCAGUGUGGGUAGAAAACUUUCUUCUCUACCAUUUGUGUGAAACCUUAUUUGUAAACUUUUAACAAAUAAAUGCUUGGUUCCAAAGAAGUCAAUAA